AUGCGCCCGACGUCGCUCGUGGCUGCUGCUCGAUCCGGCAACGGUGACCUUGUUGCACGACUCUUACGCGCUGGCGCGGCCACCGAGACCGUUGACGACACGGGCGUGACCCCGCUGCUGGCGGCGACCAAGCGCGGUCAUCGCAGCAUCGUUCGCCUCUUGCUCGAGCAUGGCGCCAACGUCACCGCAGCGUCGUCGACGGCACUGCACAUGGCCGUGCGCUUGGGGCAUGUCGCGCUGGCACAGCUACUGCUCGACUACAACGCGCAUGUGGACGCUCGACGACCGACGACGCCUCUCUUGCUCGCCGUGGAGCGCCACCACGUGCAGAUGAUCAAGCUCCUCCUUCGCUACGGCGCCAACCCGACGCUUGUCUCGGAGGCUGGGUUUACCCCGCUUUUGCUGGCCGUGGCCCGCAAUUUGCUCGAGAUGACAAAGGAGCUUUUGGAGGCGAACGCCGAUACAGAGCUGCCCAACCACGCCGGCGUCGUGCCGCUCUGGGCCGCUUAUAACAACAACGACUUGGCCAUGACGCGCUUGCUACUCGAGUACGACGCGGAUCCGAACGCGUCGUUCAUGGGCGGCUCGCUCUUCAUUUUGGCGGCCAAGCAGCGCCGGCUACCGUAUUUGGAGCUCCUUCUGUCGUCCCAGCGCGUCGACGUCGAUCAAAUCGAUAGCAACGGCCGCACCGGGUUCGAGUAUGCGUGUGUGUAUGGCGACCUCGACUGCGUCAAAUUGCUCGUGCGGCACGGUGUUCACAACUCGGCGGCGGAAGGCAAGACGCUGCUCAUGUUUGCGGCCAAGUACGGCUCGGUGCCGAUCGUCCGCUACCUCCUCCCACUCUCCGAUGUCAACGCCGUUUCCAAAAAUGGAUACUCGGCCGUCGCUGUCGCUGCCUACUACGGCCACUUGGAGGUCGUGCGCCUUCUUGUCGCCCACGGAGCACUCCUCGACCCGACCGACAAGGACGGCUCGACGAGUCUCUGGCGAGCGUGCUUGGAUGGCAGCACCGAGAUUGUGGACCUCUUGGUGCAGCGCGGCGCCGACAUCAACAUGGCCUCCUUUGACGGGAAUCGACCGCUCGUGACCGCGGCCGAGAAGGGCCAUUUGGACGUUCUCCGUCGUCUUCUCGAAGAUCGCAACCGCGUCGACAUCGAUGCGACCAACCAAGAAGGCAAGACGGCACUGUACCAAGCGAGUUGUUUCGGCCAUGUGGAGAUUUGCCGCGCGCUCUUGAAGGCGCACGCGACCGUCACCGUGGCCACGACGAAGGGCGUGACUCCGAUUGUGAUUGCGAUUGUCGUCCAGAACGCCGACGUUGUUGAGCUCUUGCUGCCCCACGUGCAUAUCAACGAGCCACUUCUUGGUUCAACGCUCUUGCACAUGGCGAUCCAGCGACGCAGCGUACGCAUCGUCGAGGUCCUCGUUGCCCACGGCGCCGACCUCGACGCACUCGACAAAGACGGCUACACGGCGCUGAGUGUCGCGGUCGAGCAAGGACACCUUGGCGCCGUGGAGGCGCUUGUCCAGCACGGCGCGAGCCUCUCUGUCGUGACCGAG